GCCGGAUAGUGACGUACCGCUUGUCCAAAUUUCCGGUAUAUAUGAACGGGGCUUAGUCAUAUAUUCAAUUCGCCGGUGACCUCAACUUCCACGUCGGAAAAACAUCUCGCUCGCGAUGUUCCAAAGCGCACUUCGGACAUCUCUUUCACUCCACAGGAGCACUGUUUCCAGCUGUCUAAGGUCGCAAACAUUCCGUCGAUUUCUAUCUCAGGAGUCUCGCACGAAAAUACAGGCUGCAGUGACUGAAUACCCUGUGGUACUGUUCAUGAAGGGCAACCCAGAGCAGCCUAUGUGCGGUUUUUCACGAGGGGUCGUGAAGAUCCUCAGCGCUUUCGACAUUCCACCUGAAAAGUUCAAGACAUAUAAUGUCCUAGAGGAUCUAGAGCUCAGGACCGGAAUCAAAGAAUUCUCGGAAUGGCCAACCAUUCCACAACUUUAUGUGAAUGGGGAAUUUGUAGGUGGGAGUGACAUUGCUCUAAGCAUGUUUCAAUCGGGAGAGUUGGAAACGCUCCUCGAACAGCAUGGGGUUAUUCCAAAGGCAGUCGGAAAGUUGAGACCGUACCCGCACCAAUACCGUACCCUCCACGAGCACAUACCGACCCGUCAAUUGGGCGGUUUAUGAUCAGAGACACCGCAGUACACCACGGGUACAUUGCCAAGAAGAGUGCAUUAACAACAAUCUAAUAAAUAUUACUACUUUUCCUUAUUGUCCUCCUUAGCUUGGACUUUGGUUAGAGGCUAGAAGAUCACUUCUUCCCCAGGCUCCGAGACAGAGAAAAGCACCAAUUGUUGAUGGUGUGAGUCGGUUGCGAGUAGAGUGAAGUAGCUGUCAACCCUGCGAGAAGACACGUUCAACCGCAGUUGAUGUCGCUGAACGAGAUGAUAAAUACUGAUUGAUUGAAAGAGGAUUCGAGGGUGACAUAUUUGGGACAGAGAGAUAGUCUAUGUACGUAGCCCAAGAACUUGGUCUUUCUAUAAAGGACAGAUGAUCG